UCUACCAUGCUGUUACUCUCACUCAAAUGUGAUCGUUUGGUUAAGUGUAAUCAUAACCUUCACAUUUUCAAAUUUGUCCUUUUUAUUAUUUUCUGCAUGUGAGAUAGUUGUUAUUAAAGUUCUUAUAAUAAGAAUUCUAGUUGUUAUAUGCUGAUAGUAAAAAAGAUAAAGAACUAUUAGUAAAAAGCUGUUCUAAAAGAUUACUUGACUUUUCAUCAGAAGAUUCAGGAAACUAAAAAUUAUCUGUAUUGAAUAAAUUGAUGAAAUUAAAUUUUGUAUCUAUAGCAAGGCAUUAUUUCUUAAGCAAAAUGCCUUACUAUGCAGUAGCCAGGGGUCUAAAACCUGGAAUUUAUGCCACUUGGGAUGAAUGCAAGAGUCAAGUUCAUAAAUUUCCUGGAGCGAUAUAUAAAAAAUUUAUAACAGAAAGAGAGGCUGAAAACUUCAUAAAAGAACGUUCCUCUUCAAUUAAAGGUACAAAUUCUACUAGAAUCCUUGCUUCAUCGAAAAUUGUUAAAUCCGUGAGCUCUCAAGCCCUGCCAGAACAAUUGUUUGCACUUGGUGGAAAGCAGUCUGCAAUCACUCAUACAAAACCAUUAUUAUUUUCAAAAAGAACUUUAUCGACAAGUAAUGAUAAUGAACAACCAAGUAAGAAGAGGAAAAUAGCAGACAUUUCAGAUAAUUGCCUCGAAUCAGCUCAGUAUCUUGAUCAGGAUGACAAAACGAAUUUUAUUGUGGAUGAAGAGGGUUACGUGAAUGUUUUCACGGAUGGCGCAUGCAGUUCAAAUGGGUACAAGAAUGCGCGAGCUGGUAUUGGUGUUUGGUUCAAAGACAAUCAUCCCUUAAAUGUAUCCAAACCAGUGGAAGGACGAUGUACCAACAACAUGGCAGAAAUCCAAGCUGUCACAGUUGCUGCAAGACAGGCAAAGAAAGCAGGAAUCAAGAAGCUAAAAAUCAACACAGAUUCCAAAUUCCUUAUUUCCUGCAUCACAAAGUGGAUGCCAAACUGGAAGAAAAAAGGGUGGAUCACAGCAAACAACAAACCAGUUAUAAACAAAACAGAGCUGCUAGAAAUGGAGAGAGAACUGGAGUCUUUGACCAUUGCUUGGAAUCAUGUAAAUGGACAUGUAGGAAUUUAUGGUAAUGAAAUGGCAGACAAGCUGGCAAAAGAAGGCUGCUUGCAAUGUCAAAGUCAAGAUAACAAAAUUAAUAAUAAUUAAAAAUAAAAGUAUUUCCUAAAUUAAGGAGUGUCCCAUUUGACCAUGUUGCAAUUGGCAGCUACUUAUAGCGAAACUUUUCUCUUAGAACAGUUUAUCAAAAUAUUUUAUAUUAAAUUAGCCAAUUAGCAACAUUAUUAAUUGGGUGUCAUCCUUAAAUUACUUAUUUUAUUUUUGUGUACACACACCCAUAUAUAUGUAAACUUUUCUAUAGAAAAUAUUGUAUAGGUAUUUAUUAUAAAAUUAAUGUAACGUAUAUAAUAUGUACUUUCUUUCUAUUGAAUAGACUAUUAUGAAAAAUAUAACACAA